UGUGUUACAUGACCUAACCAAGGUGCGUUUGAUAAUGAAAGCUUCGGUUUCUUUGACCUAACGUUGUGUACCAUAAGAUGACCAGUUGUCCGAGAUGUCCACAACAGUAGGACGAGUUUUCACCGGUCUCACACGCGCUGCUUGUAGUCGAAGGGUAUUUAUUCAUAACGCAACUUCGACCGUGAGCAGACUGAACAAUGUACAGUCACUACCUCUGAGCUCACAGAGGUCACCAGAGUCCACAGAUGUCGAGAAAGAGGUGAACGAUGAGCCCAUCAAAUUUUCUACCAGCAAAGCCAGUCACAGAACCUGGAAAGUUGAUCGCUCCAUGGGGAGUCAGCAUCAGCGGCCCUGGUGGAAGGUCCUCCCCAUCAGCCUGUUUGGUACGGGACUUCUUCUGUGGUGUGCACUGAGAGAGGAGACGGAGAUCGACGCACAGCUGAGUCAACAUUUGAUGCAGCAGUUACCAGGCUUGCUUUCAAAUGAGGAAGACGACGAGGAAAAUAAAUCAAGUUAACAAAUGUGGGACUCGAUGUAUAUAUUUCAGGCUGUAUUUAUUAUGAAAUGUCUGUGCAAUUUUUGGCUGUGCCACCAACUCAUCACUGAAGGUGUAGUGAAGCCAUCCAGUUUAUGGAUAGUGAUUUUUUUUAAGCAAAGAAUUGUUUGAGUUGUUGACAUGUGGAUUAAAAUACCUUGAUUUGAGU